GCACAGACCCGGUGACAGCGUGCACUUGUCCGGUCCGCUGACAGCCGAGAAGCAGAGCAGCAUCAAGAUGAUCGGGAUUACGGUUCUUCGAGUGGACAUGGGGCUCAUGGCGGUGCUCCUCGGGGUGCUCUGUUGCCAAGUCCUGGCGUCGGCGUCGGACGACGUGGUGGUGGCCUGCGGGGGGUUCGUGAAGUCCGACGUGGAGAUUAAUUACUCUUUGAUCGAGAUUAAACUGUACACUAAGCAAGGUUCACUGAAAUAUCAAACGGACUGCGCGCCAAUCAAUGGUUACUUUAUGAUCCCUCUUUAUGACAAGGGCGACUUUGUGUUGAAGAUUGAGCCUCCACUUGGUUGGAGCUUCGAGCCGACCCGAGUGGAUCUCCACGUGGACGGGGUCAACGACAUCUGCACCCGGGAGCAGGACAUCAACUUCGCCUUCACCGGCUUCUCCAUCUCAGGAGCGGUUCUCAGUAAAGGUCAUCCACUGGGCCCAGCCGACGUCGAGGUGAGGCUGAGCCGGUCCGGGACGGAGGAGAAGCUCCAGUCUGUCCUCACUCAACCUGGGGGAAAGUACACCUUCUUCAAGGUGAUGCCGGGGAGCUAUGACAUCACAGCCUCUCAUUCCUCCUGGACGCUGGAGCAGAGCGUGACGUCGGUGCUGGUGUCCAACGCCAACGCCCCGGCCGCCGCCCCCCUGGUGGUGGGGGGCUACGACGUGACGGGGGUGGUGCGCAGCGACGGGGAGCCCAUGAAGGAGGUCACCUUCCUGCUGUACUCGGCCUCCGUCCACCAGGAGGCGGUGGCGGGCUGCAACACGGCGCCGGUGGAAGGAGCGGAGUCGGGGGACAGCGCGCUGCUCUACCUCUGCAGCUCUCUGUCCGGCGAGGACGGAGCCUUCGUGUUCCCCUCGCUGCCCAGCGGCGAGUACACGGUGAUUCCGUUCUACCGGGGAGAGAGGAUCACGUUCGACGUGGCGCCCUCCAGGAUGAACUUCAAGGUGGAGCACAACAGUCUGCAGCUGGAGCCCAUCUUCCGCGUCAUGGGGUUCUCCGUUACCGGCCGCGUGCUCAACAGCCUGGAGGGGGAGGGGGUCCCAGACGCCACCGUGUACCUCAACAACCAGAUCAAAGUGGUGACCAGAGAGGACGGGUCCUUCCGCCUGGAGAACAUGACCGCAGGAACCUACACCAUCCGCACCCAGAAGGAGCUCAUGUUCUUCGAGCCCAUCUCCGUGAAGAUCGCCCCCAACACCCCCCAGCUCCCCGACAUCAUCACCGCAGGGUUCAGCGUCUGCGGCCGCAUCGCCGUGAGCCGUCUGCCCGAGGGCAUGAAGCAGCAGAGCCGCUACAGGGUGACCCUCCGGCCCCGGGACCAGGACCAGGACCCGGGCCUCGGCAAGACUGCCGACUCUGACCCCCAAGGCGGCUUCUGCUUCCAGGCCAAACCCGGAGACUACAGCGUCCACGUGUCCGUCCCCGAAGCGGAGGUGAAGCUGGGCAUGGCCCUCCUGCCCUCUCUAUUGGACGUCUCCCUGGUGGACCGGCCAAUCACAGACCUGCUGUUCACCCAGUUCAUGGCGUCCGUCUCGGGCAAAGUCCAUUGCCUCGCCUCCUGUGACGACCUCUCGGUGACCCUGCAGCCCGUGAGUCGGCAGGGUGACCGACGGACGGUGGCGCUGUCGGCCAGCGGGGACGUCCUCAGCUUCUCCUUCGACGGCGUGCUGCCCGGAAAAUACAAAGCGAGCAUCUCCCACGAGGAGUGGUGCUGGAAACACAAGUCGGUGGAGGUGGAGGUCCUGGACUCCGACGUGGCGGGGGUGGAGUUCCGUCAGAUCGGCUACAUCCUGCGUUGCUCGCUCUCCCACGCCAUCACGCUGGAGUUCUUCCAGGACGGCAGCCAGCCGGAGAACGUGGGCGUGUACAACCUCUCCAAGGGGGUGAACCGGUUCUGCCUCUCCAAGCCUGGCGUAUACAAAGUCACUCCCCGCUCCUGCCACCAGUUUGAACAGGAUUACUACACCUACGACACGUCCGCCCCCAGCAUCCUCACCCUGACGGCUGUCCGCCAUCACAUGACCGGCCUCAUCACCACAGACAAGCUCCUGGACGUCACCGUGACCAUCAAGUCGUCCAUCGAGAGCGAGCCGGCUCUUGUCCUCGGCCCGCUCCGCUCCCAGGAGGAGCAGCGCCAGGAGCAGCAGCUGCAGGAGAUCACGCUCCGCCGGCAGGAGAGGGAGCGCCGGGCGGCGGAGGAGGGGGAGCAGGAGGGCGGGGCCCGGGACGACGGCCCCCCCAUCCUGGAGCGGGCAGACGAGCUGACGGGGCCCUUCCACUUCGAGUUCUCCUACUGGGCCAGGGCCGGAGAGAAGAUCACCGUCACCCCCUCCUCCAAGGAGCUGCUCUUCUACCCCCCGGAGGUGGAGGCCACCAUCACCGGAGACUCGUGUCCGGGCCGCCUGGUGGACAUCUCGGGGCGCGCGGGUCUCUUCCUGGAGGGCACGGUGUUCCCUGAGCUCCAGGGGGUGGAGAUCUCCAUCACGGAGCGGGGGGCCGGCCAGCCUCUCAUCACCGUGGCAACCAGCGAGACGGGAACCUACAGGGUCGGCCCACUCCACAGCGACCGCGAGUACGACACCAGCGCCCGCAAGGAGGGCUUUGUCCUCAGCGCGGUGCCCGGUGCCUCGGGGGACUUCAAGGCCUUUGCCCUCGCAGGAGUCACCUUCAAGAUCCGGUCUGAGGAUGAUCAGCCACUCUCCGGCGUGCUUCUCUCUCUGAGCGGGGGCAACUUCCGGUCCAACCUGCUGACCCAGGACACCGGGGUGCUGACCUUCAACAACCUGAGUCCGGGCCAGUACUACUUCAAGCCCAUGAUGAAGGAGUUCCGCUUCGAGCCCGCCUCCCAGAUGAUCUCUGUGGACGAGGGCCAGAACCUCAGCAUCGACAUCACCGGCGUCAAGACCGCCUACAGCUGCUACGGGGCGGUCCAGUCUCUGAGUGGGGAUGCAGAGCGUGACGUGGCCGUGGAGGCCGUGGGGCAGGGCGACUGCAGCCUCUACAGCGAGGACACCGUCACCGACGAGGAGGGCCGCUUCCGCCUCAGGGGCCUCCUGCCCGCCUGCAGGUAUGUGAUCCAGCUGAGGGCCGAGGGCAACGACCACAUCGAGAGGGCCCUGCCCCAACACCGCUCCCUGGAGGUGGGUAACAGUGACAUCGAGGGGGUCAACAUCAUCGCCUUCCGGCAGAUCAAUCAGUUCGACCUGAGUGGGAACGUGGUCACGUCCCCGGAACACCUGCCCACGCUGUCGGUGAAGCUCUACCGCAGCGACAACAUGGAUAACCCCAUCAACACCGUCUCUCUGGGACAGUCGCUCUUCUUCCACUUCCCCCCGCUGGACCGUGACGGGGAGAACUACGUGCUGAUGCUUCACUCCACGCUGUCGCGCUCCCAGUACGACUACAGCCUGACCCAGGUGUCCUUCGUGGCCACGGGCUACCACAAGCACGUCACCCUGACCUUCAACCCCACCCACAAAGUGCCUGACCAGGACAUCGCCCAGGGCUCGUACAUCGCUCUGCCCCUCACCCUGCUGCUGCUGCUGGCCGCCUACAACCACGAGAAGGUCAUCCCCAUGCUGCUGCAGCUGGUGAACCGCGUGCAGGGCGUCCGCAGCAUGGCGACGGCCGGGGGCGACAGCGCCUCCCUGGACGAGGCCAAGCGGCAGGCCAAGAGACAGAAGACCCGCCGCACUUAGGGGGCGUGUGUGUGUGUGUGUGUGUGUGUGUGUGUGUGUGUGUGUGUGUGUGUGUGUGUGUGUGUGUGUGUGUGUGUGUGUGUGUGUGUGUGUGUGUGUGUGUGUGUGUGUGUGUGUGUGUGUGUGUGUGUGUGUGUGUGUGUGUGGAGGAUCCGAUGCUGAACGAUACGGCUCCGUCCAACACGACUCCAAAUGGAGUCUGAAGAAGUCGGGCCGUUCUCCACAGGGAGUCGGUAGCGAUGUGUGUUUGUUUUGUGUGUCUAGGACGGCAGGGAGGGGAGGGGGUCGUCGAGGUGGACUUGAGGCCCGGUGUUAAGCCCCUCCCCGCGCAGUACCGCUGCUCACCACCCAGACGCUGCGGCCAAUCGAAUUAGAAAAGAACCAGUCCGUCGCGUUUUUUGCAAAUUCCGUUAUUAAAACGCGUCCGACUGCAUCUGUACUCUCCACUGUCUCGCUCUCUCUCGCUCUGUCUCUCGCUCUGAACACGCGUUUUCUUAUAGAACGUGUCCAUAUUUUUUAUCAUACAAUAUGAGCCAUUUUUAUACAUUAAUAAUUUAUUUAGGUCAACCAACGUUUUCUGUUUGUUUGCUCGUGUUUCGGAGGAGCUGGACUGAUCCGGUUUAUGUUAUAUCGUGAGGACCUAUGUGUUGGCGGGGGACUAUGCACAUUUUUUUACUGUGGAGGAAAAGCGAUUCACUUUCAGUUCAAUUCAUACAAGAUGUCACUAUUCUGUUGAAACACUCUAAAUAGAUUCAAAAUGUUGUGAUUAUUAUUAGUGAUAUUGAUGUGCACGGAGACGACGAGGUGUCCUGACCGAGUGCUGAAUUGAGCGGUAAAGUGAACUGAGUGUGUUCAUAAGACCUCCAGGAGCAGAGCUCCAUUAGCAGAGCAGCGAGCGAAGCUCUGACCUUCCUCAGUCGAGGUAAACAAGCACUCAGCCGGUGUGAGCGAUCUGUGGCGCUUCUAAACAAGUUGUUGAGUGCAUCUACAGGAUGUAGGGAAGAGGGCUGGGUUCAGGAAGAAGAGAGAAAUGAUCUUAAAGUACAGGUGUUUUUGUAGGGGUUAUAGGGAGUAACAUUGAUGUUUGAUUAAUUUAUUAACAUUUUUUUUCCACUCUGAUGUGAAUGAUGAUGAGCUCUAUGCGUGUUUAUGUUGAUUUCUAUUGAUUUAUUAAAGCAGUGUUGACACUAAAUCUGAAGAGUGCCCCGCUACAUUAAAACCCACCAUUAAUUAAUUAAAUUAAGUUUAUUUUAGAAGGUUUGACUGGACUUCAAUUCUAAAAAAUGUCAAAGGUGCCAGUGAGACUUCCAAAAGCGUAAAAUAUUCCACUGGUCGUUGUAAUGCACUGUAAAGACCGUGGACCAAUUUGACAAUUAAUCAAUCCUUUCAGAGUCGCCGUCGAAGGCAAACUCUGUAAAGGACACUUAUGCCGCUUUUCCACUGCAUGGUACCAGCUCGACACGACUCGACUCGACUCGACUCAGCUCGCCUUUUUUGCGUUUCCACCGCGAUCUAGUACCUCAAGUGGCUGCUUUUUCUAGUACCGCCUCGCUCUAGGUUCCAAGCGGCUGAGCCGAUGCUAAAAGGUGACGUCGGCAGACGGCCGGCCACUGAUUGGCCAGAGAGUGUGACGAAGUCACGAGAGCGACAUGGCAACCAUGCUGGUAACGAUAGAACAGCCAUAGUAGCGCCGCAGCCAACAUAUUCCACUUCUUCAACAUGCCAGCUAAUAAUACGAACACGAAUACCAUCGCAUCGAUGUUCUCCAUUGUUGUUAUGUGGGUUCUGUCCAUGUGUGGGUUACGUAGGUGUUGUUUGCGUCGCGUACAAAAAUACGUCACGGCCCUUUCGCGCAGACGACCCCGCCCACGUCCCGGAGGUACUAUUUGCGGUGGAAAAGCACCCGCGCUGCUACCGUGUCGAGUCGUGUCGAGUCGUGUCGUGUCGAGUCGAGCUACAUGUGCGGUGGAAAAGCGGCAUUAGGUUUUUCUCUUUAUUUUAUUUUUCAUUUUUUUCAGCUAGUGUUGAAUUGCCAGGCGCUGAUUGGCCGGCCUGUAAGGCAGAAUGACGUGAGGAGGUAGAUUCUUGUCAAUCAGCAUCUGUUCAUUUUCCAAAUGUUCUAAAUAAAAUCGUACUAAAGUAAGCGGUUGUGUUCAGUGUUUGUCUCUAGGGGGCACUGUCAUGUUGGACGCUAACGUUCCUGUGUUUUUAAGUAGACGUGUGCACGCAG